AUGACUAUGGGAGAUGAUGAAACCGUUGAUGACUUCCAUGGUAGAAUUCUUAAAAUUUCCGGUCAGUGUCGUAGUCUAGGAGCACCUUUUGAUGAAGAUAAAAUUGUCAAAAAGAUUCUCAGGGCCUUGCCAGAAAAUUUUCAUUCAAAAGUCACUAGUAUAGAGGACUCAUUUGAUAUUGAUGAGUAUCCACUCGAUGAGCUCAUCAGCAAUCUCAAAACUUAUGAGAUGAGGUUAAAACCUGAGAAGAAAAAUAAAGGUGUAGCCUUCAAGGCAGAAAAAGCAGUAGCAGCAGUGACUACAACAACAAGAGUGGAAAAGGAAGCUUCAAAGGAACCCACUCAGGAAAACCUAAAUGUUAUGAGUGCAGUGGCUAUGGUCAUAUCUCUACUCACUGUGGAAAUAGGAAGCAUGGAAACAGCAACAACAAACAGUGACGAGGCCUUCUCUGAUGAUGAAACAAAUGUCCGCUAUAGACAACUCUACAAAGCUUCAAAGGCAACUCUGCUUAGAAACUUGAAUUUGGAAAACGAAGUAGAAUUUCUGAGAACUGAAAAAGAAAAGGUGGAGCAUCUAUUGGAAUCCUCAAAAUCUGCAUGGAAACCAGAGAAAAGCAAACAUGUGAGUGAUCUCCAAGAUGACCAAGAAUUAUUAACAUGGAAGACUGAAAAAGAUGAGUAUCUCAACAGGAUCAAAUUGCUGGAACUGGAUGUUAAAGGACAACAAGCAUUGAACUUGGAAUUGUUGGCUAAAAAAGAGUCUCUGCAAGAUGAGUUAAAAUUGACUCAAGAAAGAUUCACCAAGUUUGAUGUCAGCUCUAGCUCCAUGUCAAAAUUGCUCGGAUCAGGAAAAGCUCCUCAUGACACUUGUGGAUUAGGAUACACUGGAGAGAAUUCCAAAAGUACUAAAUUCGUAAGAGCAUCAAGACCAUCUGUAGAAAAGGAAGAAGUCUCCACUGAUGAUCAUGUCAAGAUUGUGAAGGAAGACCAACCAAACCCAAAACUUCAGGUAAAAAUUGACCAAGACUUCCCCACUGGUCAAAACAAGUACGCAAACUCUAGAACCUUUAUUCCUACUUGUCAUCACUGUGGUAAGAUAGGCCAUAUCAGACCUAGGUGUAAUGAAAGGUUUUCAAACUCACAGUUUUCUCAAGAAAAAUGUACUGUUGAAUCCCUAAAAUUUGAGCUUAAAGAACAAAAAGAACUCAUUAACAGACUAGCUGAAAUUGUAUCUAAGAAGAACUUUCAAACUGAAAGAAGAAAAGAGGUCUGGACCAAGAAAAAUGAAAGUAAAUGUCUUCGGUCUUAUGCAACUAAUGAUACAUGUCUUUUCGCGUGUGCAAGCAAAGCUCAACAAAGCUCUUAUAUUGAGGCAACUUGUUUGGCAGCCUUGACUGCAUUAGCAGACAAGCGACGAGAUUUCUGGUAUGUUGACAAUGGUUGCUCUAGACACAUGACUGGAGACAAAACCUGGUUUACGUCCUUUAAGGAUGAAAACAAAACUGGAUCAGUCAUGUUUGGAGAUGGAAGGAAAGCAAAUAUUCUGGCUCGAGGCACAAUAAACACUCCAGGUAUACCUAACCUUAAAAAUGUUUUAUUCGUUGAAGGCGUAACUGCAAAUCUGAUUAGCGUCAGUCAUUUGGCUGAUGACUAUGAAGACGUGUGGUUUAACAAACAGAGAUGUUUGGUCUUAAAUCAGAAAGGUGAAGGUAUCAUGGGAGGUAAGAGAUCUGUUGAUAACUGUUAUCAUAUUCAAGCUAAUGAAUCUUCCAUCUUGCAGUCUUGUUUGUUUGUAAAAUCCACAGAGGAGACCUUUGAACUUUGGCACAGGAAGAUGGGACAUGUAAACUAUCAGGACUUGCUAAAAUUAUCUUCCAAGCAAUGUGUCAGAGGCUUGCCCAAUUUAAAGGGCAAAACUGACAAGAUAUGUGGAGACUGCAAAAUUGGAAAGCAAACAAAGGCACCUCACAAGGUGGUGAAUUCUGCAACAACCACAAAGGUAUUGGAGCUAUUACACAUGGAUCUCAUAGGAUCAGCUCAAUCUGAAAGUAUUGGAGGUAAGAGCUAUAUGCUAGUAGUUGUAGAUGAUUUCUCAAGAUACACUUGGGUAAUUUUCUUAAAAGACAAGACUGAAACGUUUGAGUCUUUUAAAAACUUGAGUCAAAAAUUGACCAUUGAGAAGUAG